AGUUUGGUUGGAGAGUAUGUUUGUUGUACAUGUAGUAUCAUGGCGACAAAUGAUGAUGAGCCGAUGCAUUUAUAUGAAGUAUUUCAAAAUUGCUUCAAUAAGAUAGCAAAUAAAUCACAAGAUAAGUCAAGAGAUAUGACUUAUCCAAUAACAUAUCCAAAUCCUGGUGGCGAUGGAAUAACACAGGAGUGUCUAAAUACAUAUCCUGGUGUUGAACUUCUUCCUACUGUUGGAGAUGCAUAUUUUCAGUAUUCAAAUACAGUUCAACAACGUCUCCUUCCUGCUGAUCCAGUAAGAGGUCCUCCCGCUAAACGGAAAAGAGAUGCUUCUGAUGGAAAAGAACUGGACGGGCAUUGGAUUCCUCCUUUUACUUCUGAUGGUUUUGAUCAAGAUUCCUCAAGGUUUAAUUCAUCGAAACCGGGCCCAUAUUCGGAUGCAUUUUUCAUUGAUGGUCCACAUGCAGCUCCAGAUCCUUGGUCAACUAGUUCGAGUCUACAAUCCUCUUCAUAUUCAUAUUCGAAUUCUGUGAUUGGUUUACCAGCUUCUCAUCCACCUCCUACAUCUUCUGCCUUCUCAACGAUGCAUCUUCCUCCAGAACCUAUGGGCUAUAACACAGUAUCAGCUAGCCAUGAUCCAUCUUUGAUGGCCAAUAGUCUUCCACCCAUGUCUAGUUUCAGGGACCCGUCCAGCCAUAGGACUCCUAUGGCACAUUCUUCUGCUUCCCCCCUUUAUGGUCAAGCUACAAGUCCUCCAAGUCCAUUGAGUUCCACCGAUCCUCUGAUAAACCGAGGAAGUCAGCCAACACAGACUGGAGAUACGUUAGGAAAGGCACUUGCUUCUAUAUACUCAGCUGAACCACCUGGAAAUAGCUUCACUUCUACCCCUGCGACCCCUGUUAGCUCUCCUUCUCCUCUGUCUGGUGUAACUCAUUGGUCCCGCAGUGGUGCCCACCCUGCCCCCACACAAAAUUCCGAUUAUACUGACCGAACGUUACUUCCAUUGCAAGGUCGUCUGGAAGACAGACUAGAUGAAGCCAUACAUAUCCUCAGAGACCAUGCUGAGCAGUCUCGAGGCGUGAUGGAAGAACGGUUAGAUGAUGCAAUAAAUAUAUUGAGGAAUCAUGCAGAAGGACCAGGGAUACAGCCAGUGCCUCCUACAACAACUUUAAAUGAUAUUUCCCCGGUUACUGCACAUUCCAAUGGACUUAUUCCUCCUCAGUCAUAUCCUGGUGUUGCAAUCAUAUCUUUAGAUCCUCAUGUGGCUGGUCCAAAUACUCUACCUGAUAAUGUAUUAAGAAGUCGAACAUCUCAACCAGGAUCAUCCGGACAAUUAUCUGCUUCUCAGCCUUUUGUUACAGGUUUACCCCCUGAUACUCUUCCAAGUUUAAAAGACAAAGUGAAAGACAUUGAUAAAGGUGAUUUAAGUAGAGGUAAAUCUGCUACACCUAAUGCAAAUUCAACACCAACUGUCAGUACACCUACAGGAAAUAGUGUGUCAGGGACGCCUCCUGUGUCAUCUCCAACUUCCACAUCAUCAAACACUGCUUCAAAUAUAGCUUCUAAAGGAACUAAGAGAUCUAGGACUAGGUUUAGUUCUGGGGAUGAAGACGAAGUUCCAGAAAUAAAAGCUGAGAAAGAUAAGGAAAGGAGGCAGGCCAACAAUGCUAGGGAACGAAUUCGUGUUAGGGAUAUAAAUGAAGCUUUCAAGGAAUUAGGCCGAAUGUGUAUGGUUCAUCUUAAAGCUGAUAAAGCACAAACAAAACUAAAUAUUUUGCAUCAAGCUGUUGAUGUAAUUACUAAUCUGGAGCAGCAAGUGAGAGAAAGAAAUUUAAAUCCCAAGGCAGCCUGUUUGAAAAGGAGAGAAGAAGAAAAAAAUGAAGAAGGUCCUAAAUUGGGAAUGCAUGCAAUUCCUCACCCACAAACACUAGAUUCCCUAACACAUCAGCGGUUGGCUACUUCAUUACCGGGAAUCCUAGCACCAAUGACAUUAUCAAGUCAGUGUACAACGACAUUUGCUGAUGGCCAUGAUAUUGACCAACCACUUCUGCCUUAAGACUAGGGUAAAUGGAGAAAGAAGAAAAAAGCCAAACUACAUGGGGAACAUACUCUUCUUCCUCCUGGUCAGCCACCUCUGUAUAAAGAACUCAAGUCCAGCCAUUUUUUUCCUUCAAAGGAGAUGCCAAUUAACUCUUCCAGCGGCAUGUUUGCUGACCCUUCAAUUGCUCUCUUCACAGCAUUUCUUGAGGAGGAUAUAAACAACCACAUAAUUUGACUCAGUAUGGCUACAUGAAAUGUUGCCCUUAGCUGAUGUAGAUGUCAUUUAUGUAUAUGAAAAAAAAAAACAUAAAUUUUUUAUCAUUAUCAUUAGUUGUAAAUGGUUGUUAGCAUUAUGUUAGUUGCCAUCUUGUGUAUUGUUUGUUAUUUUCAAUUUGUAUGAUUAUCUUAUCCAUGGUUCAUGUCUGAUUGUUUUUAAGAUCAGUUGCAUUUAUGUUUAUCAUUAUAUUUAUGUUUUUUUAAUGCUCGUCCACGUUAUGGAAGUCGUAUACAUGCACCAAGUUGCCAAAAUAUUUCUUUGUUUUAUUAUGUUUUGUCUGUAGGACAGCAAAGGUAGAGAUACUUUUUAUAUUUGUUUUUUUUUCUUUCGUGUUUUAAAUCAUUUGUUUUGUGGUAGCUAUUCAUUUACCCUUGUACAUUUACAAUUAUUAUUUAAAAUUAAUUCUUUUUUAUUUGAAUGAAACACGAUUGUAUACAAUUCUAAAAAUGCCAGUCAAUCUACUAUAUGGAAUGAGGCAGUUCUUCAUCUUUUAAUACGCUUAUAUAUAUAUAUAGUGCUUACCUUGCCAACAAUGGAGAAUAAAUAUUGCCUCUGUUAUAGAACUUAUUGCUUAUUUAUUGACUCAAAUUAAUUCUGAAGUUCGCCUCUGGAAAGCUCCUUAUACACUGUGUUAUAUCAUUCACUUGUAUAGGCAGCAUUAUUCCAUGUACAGAUGUUUUAUAGACAUAUAUACAUUUCUAUGUCAAAGCUUUCUAUAAGCAAUAUGUUUUCUAUUUCAAAUGUUUUAAUUUGAAAUUUACUUUAAAAUUUUAGAUAUAAUGUUCAAAAUGUUUUUACUAAGUUGUAAUAUAUGCUUUUUAUGACUUCUUUUAAUACGAUAAUGAUGACAUUUUUUAAUUACUUAAUCUUUAAUCUUAUACUCUUCUUAAAUUUACAGCGAAUCUAGUUUUCCAAAAUUGGCCUUAUUGUUUCUUUGUUUAAAGUAAACGAUCUGCAUUUAUUUCAUAUAAAUCAUAUGGUUUAAAAAUUUUCUUUGUGGGAAAAACUUGUUAUGUGUUAUAUAUUAUUGGCAUUAUUUUCUAGAGAUUAUGAUUUAGAUGAGUGUAAUAUAUUUUAACUUAAUUUAAUAUAACUUCGAUUGUUAUUGCAGAAAAGUAACAAAGGCAAAUGCAUUUAGCAAUGUAGCCAUAUUGCGUAUGCGAAUUGAGCAUUUUCUUAAUUUGAGAUUAUUUUCUCUUUAAACUCAUAAAAGAAUGUGAGAAUUCUAUGUAAAACUUGAGUAUGACUGUUUAUAUUUCCUCUUGAAAUGUCAUGUACAUAUAAUCUGUAUAGGAAUAGAAUCAAUAAAGUAUUUGUCAGUUGGAAGCUGAGAAAAUUUUAUAAUUUCAGGAAAAAGUAUUAGUCAUUCAUUUUUUUUUUAUUUCAGUUUAUUGAUGUGUUUUGGUGAAACGCUAUGUAUAAAAUUUGUAAUGUGUGAAACUUCCUUAUUUUUUUUUCUUUUUGUAGAAAAAUAUAUGUAAUUUUCGUUGUCAUUUAGUUCAAUACAUUUGAGUCAUCAUAUCUGAUUAUCUUUAUCUUUAACAGUCUAUUUAUUUAUAAGAUUUUUCUUUUUGUUAAUUACAUAUUUGAUCCAUUUGCAUCAGUGAAUGAAUGGUAUAGUUUUUAUAUCCAUUUAUUCGUUUUUCUUUGAGAGGUCAAGUUAUUAAAUAAGUUUAUAUUCUUAAAUGAUGUUCUUUCAAAAUAAAAAUGAUGCAAAUGGGUUGAAGCAAAUGAUUUACUUUGUACUGCUAAGCAGAUGACUUGAUUUUUUUUAUAAAAACAUUGCAGUUGCUACAGUAUUUUAAUUAGGUCUUUAUAAAAAGAGAAUUUGAAAAGUUCCUUUCAGUACAAAAGCCAUAUGAAUAACAGUUAUGUAUGAUCAAUCCCAUGCUUCCCUUGUUAAAAUUAUAUUUUGUUGUAAACAGUAUUCUUUAAAAUACACUAAGCAAAGCAGAUUGUGUAUUGCAGUUUUGAAAGUUGUAUGUAACAGAGUCAGAUCUGAUGUACAAAUAGAUUGAAGUCAUGGAAGAGAAAAUUCUUGCACUUUAUACAUACUUUCUGCAAUGAUCAUCAUAUUUUUAUACUGUUCAUCAUCAUCAUUAGAAGCUAUGUUGUCUCUGCUGGGAUUCUAUCUGGACAAUUGUACAGACUGUUUUUGUUGUAGUGUUACUAACUACUAUUGGAAACAGUGCAAGGUGGUGGAUUUUCUGCUGGCGUAUUAUCGCACACCAUCAUGACAACAAUGCAGGUGGUGUGUACUGUUGACUAUUCACACCUGUUACACACUUCCUCUCCUGGCAGAGGAGGGGUUUGAAUAUAAAUGGUGCCAUCUUUCUUAAUAUUGUUUUUCAAUUCAUUUUAGUGUGUGUAUGAUAAAAUAAAAUUAGUUUUUUAUUCUC